AUUUUGGUGCCGGCUUUUUGAGCCACAGCCAAGUGAGGGUACUUGAGCCCUGUGUCUCGCCAUGGGCAGCUUUGCCGCAAGACUUGCGUGGACCUCGCUCGGCUGGCAGGCGGGUCAGGUGCUUGCGCAGGAGCCAGUCCCUCGGGGCGCCGCCGCGGACCUGCUGCGCGCGCUGGCCACCGCCGAGCGAGCGGAGGUGGAGCUGCUGGAGUGCCGGAAGGCCUUGAAGGUAUGCGACAAGGCGCCUGCCAACCCAGGAGAUGCCGCAAGGGUGAAGUCGACUAUGUUGGUUCCAGGCUCACCGGAGGCGCCAGAGUGGCCGGAGGGCUACGGCGGCCUCCUGCGAUUUCCUUUCGGCAUUGCCGACAUGAAGACGCUCAAGGAGGUGGCGCGGGAGCUGUGGCAGCCGCACGAGAUACAGGAGGAGGUCACCGCUCUGGGCUUCCGCCAGCUGCAUGGGGCUAGAUGCUCCUCUGAGAUGGUGGGGGUGCACCCGGUGGGCAGCGUCGGCUCGCGACGCAGCGAGGAGAUUUGGGACGCUGCCCAACAGUGGUGCCACACGAACGCGGAGUGCACCGGCAUUAUGCUCUACGUGGGCAGCAACACCCUGAACUGCAACUACUGGUGUGGUCGGCCGCAGUUCUGCAACGGCGAUUUGGAAGCAGAGGGCGCCGUGGAGCCCAGCAGCGAAUGGAACCUUUGGGUGAAGACGGAAGAACCUGACGCUUGAAGGUGUUGCAAAGGCGAAGCUCAGAUCUGCU